GGGUAGAUGUUAUUUAUUAUACUUUUGCCAGUUUAGGAAUAAAUGUAAAUGGAUUUUGUUUACUUAAUUUUAAUCUACUUGGUGAUUGAUGGUGUAAUUUGUGAAGAGAAUAAAUUCAGAAAAAAUCCACUUUUGGAUAGAAGAAAAAGGUAUGUGGCUUUCCCAAAAGGCAGCACUUUUGUAAUUAAUUUGACGAUUACCAAACCAUUGCUGGCGAAUAUAACCAACCCAGUGACCAAUUUUUUGGGAGAAUGUGAUGUUCCAUUUCCCCUACCUACAAAAGAAGACGUUUUAAAGGCAAAAUUAUCCAAAAAGAAACCAUUGCACUAUAGACAAAGGCGCGAUUUGUAUUUUCAUUUAGAAGACGCAUUAAAGGCAAUGGGUUUAAACGGAAAUUCUUGUGUCAAAAGAUUACUUUGCGAAGCUAAGAAUUCACUUCCUCCUACAGGAAAAUCCGUCGUGGCCGAUUUACUAUCAUCCAUUUUUGACUUCUACGAUGUUGAUAAAUACAAUGAUCAUGAUCAUAAAAACUUUUGCGACCCGAAAGUUUUUGAAAAUUGCGAUAUUUCUAUCCUUGGACUUCUAUAUUAUAGCUUGAAUGUAGCUAAACAAACAGAAGAAUCGGAAAAUGGUCUAUGAUAAGCUAAUGUCUGCAUUUGGUCUUUCACUCUGUCUUUUACCUUAUAACUUACCUAUAUAAACGACAUGUGUAUGUAGCAAAUAAAUAAAAGAAUUGACUAAAUAUUGCACCUUGUGUUUCAAGCAAAUCAAUAUCUAGCGGUAAUAUAUCUCAAGUAUAUAAGCUUCCUGGUGAAUCUGUUGAUAGCAUUCCU